CAAAUCUCAGGAGAGAUGGAAACACAUAAUUUUGUUAUUAAAUGUCAAACUGUGCAUGGUACUUUCAUCUUAGAAGAUUUAACUGAAAGUAGCACUGUUGAAGACCUGAAGAAUUCAUUAUCGAAGAUUGUUAAAGUAAAUCCAGAAGAAAUGAAAAUUUACUGUGGAUAUCCACCGAAAGCUGUAACUGUAGAAGCAAAAUCUUCAAGAUUAGAUGAUAUAAACAUUCAUUCGUUUGAUACAGUAAUUAUUGAGAUUCAGAAAGAGCCUGUUGCUGCAGAUCAGGGGAAUACCAGAAGAAAUGUUUCUGCAUCUGAACUGAUCGCUCCUCAAUCUGGUAUUAUGAUGAGGCGUGAGGUACCAGCAAACAAUUCGUGCCUUUUUACAAGUAUUGAUUUCAUUCUUUCUAAUGGUAAACUUGAUGUUUCAAGAAGUAAUGAAAUGCGAAGAAUUAUAGCUCGAGAAGUUACUAAGAAUCCUGAAAGAUACACCACUGCUUUUUUGGGAAUGCGGAAUGAUGAAUAUUGCCAUUGGAUAACGGAUCCCAGCAACUGGGGAGGAGCUAUUGAAUUAUCAAUCUUAAGUGAACAUUUGAAGAUGGAAAUUGUUGCUAUUGAUACUUUCAGUCUGGCAGUGCAUCGGUUUGGUGAACGGGAAAAUUAUGCAAAUAGAGUAUUUCUCAUAUAUGAUGGCAUACAUUAUGACCCCUUAGUCUUGGAGCUGAAUGAUGUAUUACAGACAAUUUUUCCCUCUUCUGAUGACGCUCCUCUCCAAAUGGCCAUGGAAAUAGCUCAAGAAGCUAAAGCUAGUCAUCAGUAUACUAAUGUGAAUACCCUUACUGUCCAUUGUGUUGCUUGCAAAACUCUGUUGCGUGGAGACAAAGAAGCAAGAGCUCAUGCUAUGGCUACAGGACAUAGCAAGUUUGAAGAGGUCACUGAUAAAAUUACUGUGUAAUCUUCAGUUUGUAUUUUCUGUGCAUUCCAUUUUAUUUUAUAAUUAUCAUUUCCUUUUGUAUUAAAACUUUUUGAUAUUUAAGAUAUACCUUUUUUAUUAUCUUCUACUGUUCAAGUUUUAAAAUUUUCCAUGCUUUUAUUGGGAUAGGAGCCUAAAUUUUUAAAUAUGUUUAACUGAUCACACAUAAUUCAGAGAAUUGUACAUUGUAUUUUAUGACAUUUUGUAGUAAUUUGUUAACUCUUAAAUAGAUUGAGAAAUUAGUUCAUAAUAUUUGUAACUACUGUUUAAAAUUUUUCUAUUUAUUACUUUGUUUUAAAGUGGAAAGUUAAUGGAAGAAUCUCUAGUCAUAUUCCCGGUAUCUGAUAUUUGCGUAGGGAAAUCCUGUCUAUAUUUUGCAGCUGUUAUUUAUUUUAAAGACUACUACUCAUCACUUGCAGUGUUGUAGUCAUUAAGAAAUGUUUUCAAGGUCUUUAUUGUUAUUCGAAUUAAAUGCAUGAUUUUUUUGUUUUGAUAUGAAAUAUUUUUUUUUUCUUCGCCCAAUUUUUUUCAUGGCCUUUACAUCUGCAACAUCAGAAAUGCUGCUUUCACUGCCAUUCCCAACAAACUGAGCAGUUGUGAAAAUUCAUACAUUUAGGAUUUAACAUGUGUUUCUUUGCAGUCAUCUUUUUUUAGUUAGUUCUAUAACUGAUUCAUAUAUUUUAAUGUAUGAUCAUUUUUUAAAACAAUGAGUGAUGCUUCCUCUGAUUGUUAACGUUUCAAAUGUAUAAUACAAAUGUGCAUUCACUUAUAUUGUUGUUAACUGUACAUGUUUUAAAUUUCUUGAACUGUUUAGUGUGCUGCAGUUGGUUAAAUUUCUCUCUUUUUAGGUCAACUUUUAUCGGUUUUAAUUUUCAAAGUUAAUAUUUUAAAUUGUAACAUUUUUCUUCCCAUUGUAAAAGCAUACUUGUGCCUUAAAUUUUAAUAUCUGUUUGAUUCAUUACCAUAAUAUAAAUUUAUUCAAUUUCUUAUGAUGUGAUAGUUCACAGUUGACAUUAAACUUUAUUAGAUGCUUUCUUCUUUUUGUUAUGUAAGUUAUCUUAAAUUAGUAUUUCUGUAGGAUUUAAAUUAUUGACAGAAAGAAUAUGCACUUGAAUAGAUUUUAAUUCAGUUUUCAUUAGAAGCAAUAAAAAUAUAAAGUGAUAUUUCUGAUUCAUGUAAAUGUCAAAUGUGGAAGCUAUUUUUGCUACAGAGUGUUUAUGCAGCAUUAUAUUUUCCUUAAAAUAGUUCUGAAAUGUUUAUAUCCAGUCUUUCCCUAUCAUAUCUAACAAGAAAUUGCUCAAGCUUUGUCAGUAUUGUAUUCACUCAUUAUGCAGUUUUGCUGCUAAUAGUGUAUGCACUAUAUGGUGAUCAAAUUAUUUCUCAUUGUUUUCCCUUUGAAAGUUACAAAAAAGUAGCUGUUUAUGAAUGCUUUAAAGAACAUUAAAUAAUUAGAUUGUGUUAAUGAAUUCAUUGGAUGGUGUUUUUAUUCCAUUAAGUGCUAGCUCGGUGUUAUAUUUUUGUCUGAUUUAUGGGCAUACUGCAGAUACUUUUUUAGCCAAAGUAUGUAUCUAUUUUUUAUAUGUUUGAAAUAGGUUGUAUUUGUACUGUAAAAGUCCUAUAUUUAGGAAGGUGAAUGCUAUUGAAAACUGUCAUCAGAAUGAAUUUGUCAUUGUGAGGACAAUCUAGUAAUUAUAAACUGUUUUGCUUUUUAAUAGUAAACUUUAUUUUUGUUAUAUGCUAAAUUUGUUGCAUCUUAAGUGUUAAGUUUAACUUUGUAGUCAAAAUAAAUAACGAAACUUGGAUUUAUGCUUGUCUUUAGUACUGUUGAUCAUAUUGUAUAAGUUUAAAAGAGUUUUAUUCAUUGAGAGUUUACAUGUUAAAUUAGGUUUAAGAGGACUGCAGAAUGUUUAUUUCAUACAUGUAGCAUUUAAAAUGAAGGAAUUAUAUUAAUAUGAAAAUGUUUUUUUCCAUUGAAUACUUGUAGUCUAUGUUCCAUUACUUGUAGUCUAAAUCAGUAUUUGGUAUCGUAUGUGAUGUAGCUGAUUAGUUUGAGCAGAAUACAGUUUGUUAGAUCAAAAUAACAGCACUGUUACUUAAUUUUGGUUUCAUUUAAACUUGUUAAAUUGCAGGACUUAAAAGUGUUGCUAAAAUGUAUUUAAAGGUGCUUGAUUUUUAUCUUCUUAUAACAUAAUUAUAACUUAUUCCUGAACCAGCAUAUUUCUCUUUGUGUUCUGUGUCCAGCCCAUCUGAAUACUUACAUAACUCUCCAUGCAUAUGCAUGUUACUUAACUGUUAUUACUUAAGAUUACAUCUAGCACUCGAUUAUGCAGAUGUGGCACACU